AUGGCUAAAAUAGAUAAGAUUAAAAAUAAGGAUAGAAGAAAGGGGAUACGCACGCAUAUUAAGACAAGUAAAAAACACUUCAAAUGUAAAAUUUGCCAAAACAAUGAACAUCGAACUAAAAAUUGCCCCAGAACAUUAUGUGAGCAUUGUGGACAGAUGAAAGCUCAUCAUUCCAAUAUUACUAGCAACUCUUUAUGUUCCAACAUUACAGUGUCAACAAAGAAGCAGGAAGCCGAUAUAGAUGAAAGUGCAUUUUGUGUAGCAUGUGAAAGUAAUGGACAUGCCGUUGACAGGUGUCCGUCUAUUUGGAGGGAAUAUAUAAGAAAACAAGAACGUUCAGAAAAACUAACUAAGCCAACAAUACCAAUGCAUACACUAUUCUGUUAUAACUGUGGUGAGAAAGGACAUUAUGGAGAUGAUUGCCUAGUAGAUAAACAUGAUGAGAAGAUGAAAUAUCAGAGGAGUGCAUUUUCAGGAAGAAAUCUACCAAUUUCGUUAAAAGACAUAUAUUAUAAUAACUUGAAGUUAAUGGAUAAUGAUGUAUCAUCAGGCCAAUUUUUAAGACAGGCACAUAAAAAGGUUGGCCAUUUUUUCCCGCCGCCAUAUAAAAAUUUACGUGAACCAGAGUUUAGUGAAGAAUUUCAAUUACUUGGCUAG